CGCUACUGACGGGCGCCAUUAAAAAAGUUGAAAAAAAAGAAUCGGAUGACACAGAUAAGAAAUUCGGCGCGCGAAAAAUUAGGUAUUUUACUGUGUCGACUUAAUGUGGAAUUUUGUUAAAUAUUUAUUAUUAAGUGCGUUUAGUGAAAGUGUCUAGUCUAAAAGUGAAAGGCGAUGCUAAAAUACACAACAUUCCGUUCGAACCAGUGACACCCCAGCUCGCGCUAUGUCAGAACAAUACCACUGCACACAAACGCCAUGUCAGCGGUGAGAAAUGAGCCCAAAACAAAAUGGACGACCGAAAACCAUAGAGCCACAGACCACAAAUAUAAAAAAGUGCUGAGGAAAAGAAAAAAAUGUGUAACGGACACAGACACGACAAAAUGUCGGGCGAAAAUAAGAUGGCGGAUCAGUUCAAGGGUGCUACUCCCGUUGAUGAUUCUGAAUUUUACAGGAUAUGCGAGUGCAGUGGAGUCCAUAACCAGCAGAGUCCUAGCGUCCAUCCUGGGCUACCCAUCCACCUGCAACUCAGGCUCGGAGGUGCGUCCGUGCACUCUGUCCCUGGAAUGCUGGCUGAGGGGCGGCGUGAGGGCGAGGGGGUGUGGCGGAUGGCUGUUCACUUGCUGUAUGCCCCCUACUCCUCCGGUCGCUGAUAGCUUUGAGAACAGCAUACCCUCAUCAGAAUGGAAGUACAGCAAGGUGGUCCCGCCCAAGCUGCGUCAGAUUCCUCAGCGCAGCGUGAUGCCCUCUAACAUGUUUCGGCGGAGAGCCGAUGAUGACGCUUCUCAGGUGGACUGCGGUCUUCCCUCAUCCCGUAUCCUCCAGAAGAGAAUCAUUGGAGGUAGAGAGGCUCGCUUCGCCGAGUUCCCGUGGCAAGCACAUGUGAGGAUAUCGGAGUUCCAGUGCGGAGGUGUCCUUGUGUCCCGCUGGUACGUAGCGACGGCUGCGCACUGCGUGUCCCGCGCCCGGCCCAGGGACAUAGCGGUGUGGCUGGGAGCGUUGGACACCACCGCCGGCGCUGACACUUCAAGAAAGCUUGGAGUAGUCCAGAAGAUCCUGCACCCUCUCUUCCAAUUCCGCAUGACGCAGCCGGACCGCUACGACAUCGCUCUUCUCAAACUGGCCCGCCCGAUCACGUAUAUGAGCCAUAUACUCCCCAUCUGCCUGCCUGAAGGGGACAUCGAGCUAAGGGGGAGAGCGGGCGUGAUUGCUGGGUGGGGGAAGACGGAUGCAAGUAACAGUCAUACUGGGACUAACCUGCUGAGGGCUGCUACUGUACCUAUACUCAGCAAAGAGCAGUGCAUCACCUGGCACCAGAGCAAACAGAUCUCCGUUGAGAUCCACUCGGAGAUGAUAUGCGCUGGCCACUCCGAUGGCCACCAGGACGCUUGCUUGGGAGACUCCGGCGGCCCCCUCAUAGUGAUGGACAACGGUCGAUACUACCUGGUCGGCAUCACGUCAGCCGGCUUCGGGUGUGGAGUCGAUCACCAGCCUGGCAUCUACCACAAUGUUAAAGUCACUGCUGGAUGGAUUAAAGGCGUCAUAUCACCUUCUAGCAACUACGUGGUGGACUAUUAGGACAAAAUAAAACAAACUUAGGCCAGGUUUCAGCCAAGACGGAGCGGAGCGGAGAAGUGAUUUGAAUAACCAAUCAGAUUUCAUUAUUUCCACAUCUCUCCGCUCCGCACAAAAAUUUGACGGUCUGACACUUCUUAGCUCUGUUCCGCUCCGCUCUGCCUUGGUGGAAACCGGGCCUUAGGGUAGGGUAUCGGCAAAUAACAGCUAACCGGAAAAUCGUCUGGAAGAGAUCACUUUAAAGCGUUAAGACCGCCUAUAGUGUGCCGUCUCUUUUGUUUUUAUUUUCUUGUGUUAGGUGAACUUAGGUGCAUAAUAGAGUGUGUUCUAUGUGGCACUGGAUUAAAGGCGUCAUAUCACCUUCUAGCAGUUAUGUGGUGAAUACUAGAAAAAAAUUGGGGAUCAGGGCCUAAAAGACCUUAGGGCCGGACUUUUUCGGAUUAUACAGAAUAGGCAACUGCCUAGGGGAGAUUUGUAAUUUUGCAAUGAU